GGUAUUUAAAAUAAGUGCUCAGUUAUCAUGAAGCAGUUUUUCAAAUCGCACAAAACACUGACAUUGGUCCUGUUGUUUCCACCCUUCGGCUCCUACAGGAACUUCCUGUCAAAUGUAAUCGCACUGCUAAAAACAAACUAGCCUGCCCACUUUUCUGCUUUUGUGUCUUCCUCGUCGGUUAGCAUAACGCAUCAAUAGGACUAACCGCCGUCUCUGCCGCGGUGCACUGUGUUAACUUUUACCAACUUAAAAGCGAUGCUUGGUUAGCUCGCUAGCUAGCACAUGAGCAAGGCGCUGUUUGCCGUCGGUAAGCUGGUGUCUUUGGGCCGUAGCGGCGUCGGUGCGAUGAGCCAUUGUGUGCCUUGUCGUCAGGUGGUGGUGACCGAGCCGGGGGACAUCGCCAGGCUCUACAGAGAACUCAGUCUCUUCCCGUCCCUGAGCAGAGCCGACGUGGGACCUGUCGUCACCUCUCAGUAUGGAGGCAAAUACAGCAACAUCUACACAGAAUGGAGCCAGCGCGAUCUGGACAGGAACGAGAACGUCAAGUUUUGCCGACAGUACAUUGUAUUCCACGACGAGAAGUCGGUGGUGUACUCCGCAGCCUCGGGCAACUGCACUGAAAUCAAAGGAGAAGUGCAAAGUAAGGAUUCUCCCUCAGGUGAAAUGAAGGCCGUGGUCAGAGAGUGCAAAGUCAAUGGAGAGGACAAACAGUUUCUGGAGGUAUGGAGUAAAAACGUGAAGAUGAAAAGCAUCAAUCUAACCGCCUUAAAGAAGCAUGGCAAAGUCUAUGAAGAUGAGCAGUUUGGCUGCUUGGUUUGGUCCCACUCUGAGACCCACCUCUUGUAUGUAGCAGAAAGGAAGAGACCUAAGGCGGAAUCCUUCUUCCAGAGUGAGUCACCAGAGUUGUCUUCUAUUGGGGACGAGGAGGAAACCAUGAGCGUUGAGAAAAAAGAGGCUGUAAAGGGGGAGCAGUUUGUCUUCUAUGAGGACUGGGGAGAGGCACUCGUUGGUAAGAGCUGUCCGGUGCUUUGUGUUUUGGACAUUGAGGGGGACAACGUCUCUGUGUUGGAGGGGGUCCCUGACGACAUCUCACCCGGACAGGCAUUUUGGGCUCCAGGGGACACAGGCGUGGUGUUUGUGGGCUGGUGGCAUGAGCCUUUCAGAAUUGGCCUCAAGUACUGUCCCAACAGGAGGUCAUCUUUGUUCUAUGUGGAUCUUACUGAUGAGAAAUGUGAGCAGCUAACAUCAGGCACAAGUGCGGUGUGCUCCCCCAGGCUGAGCCCAGACCAGUGUCGGAUUGUCUACCUGGAAUGUUCUGUCUAUGGACCACACAUGCAGUGCAGCAGGCUCUGUAUGUAUGACUGGUAUACCAAGAAGACUUCAGUGGUGGUGGACGUGGUGAAAAGACCUGGAGAGGAUGGCUUCGCUGGUAUCUACAGCUCUCUGUUGUCCCCUCAGUGCUGGUCAGCUGAUAGUCAGCGUGUUAUUGUAUCUUGUCCCCAGCGCAGCCGCAAGGAUCUGUUGAUGGUGAAUACAAGCACAGGGAGCGUCACCUCUCUGACUUCAGGGACUGACGUUGGCAGCUGGUGUCUGCUGAACAUACAGAGAGAUUUAAUGGUGGUCAGCUGUUCCUCUCCAAACUGCCCUCCUAGUCUGAGGGUGGGCUUCCUUCCGCCCAGGGAUUCUCAGGAGGAAGUGGUAUGGGUUACUUUGGAAGACACUCAGACAAUGUCUGAAAUCGAUUGGCAGAUCUUGACUUUCACCCCUCCACCAGAGCAAGACAACAGUCAAUACCCCGGUCUUGAUUUUGAAGCUCUGCUGAUCAAACCAAAGAAGGUUCCAGAUGCAGUGAAGCUGCCUCUUGUUGUCAUUCCUCAUGGGGGUCCUCACUCGGUGUUCGUAGCUGAUUGGCUUCUGUCCUCAUCCGUGCUGUGCAGGAUGGGCUUUGCUACACUACUCGUGAACUAUCGUGGCUCUCUUGGGUAUGGCCAGGACAGUAUCCUCUCACUACCGGGCAAUGUUGGCACCCAGGACGUCAAAGAUGUCCAAUUUGCUGUGGAAAGUGUUCUGAAAGGUGACCUGUUCGAUAUGCAGAAGGUGGCAGUUUCUGGGGGCUCCCAUGGUGGUUUUCUGGCCUGUCACCUGAUCGGCCAGUACCCAGGGUUCUACAAGGCCUGUGUGGCUCGCAACCCCGUCACCAAUCUAGCCUCCAUGAUUGGCAGCACAGACAUCCCGGACUGGUGCAUGGUGGAGGCCGGCUACGACUACAGUACAGACUGUCUACCUGACCCAGCUGUUUGGAAAGAGAUGCUGAACAAGUCUCCCAUUAAACACGUCGCGCAGGUACAGACAGCUGUAUUGCUGACCUUAGGGGAAGACGACAAGCGCGUACCAAACAAGCAAGGAAUUGAAUAUUACCGAGCUCUGAAAGCAAAGCAGGUCCCAGUCCGGAUACUAUGGUACCCUGGGAACAAUCACUCUCUCUCCAAGGUUGAUGCAGAGUCUGAUGGCUUCAUGAACAUCGCUGUGUGGAUAAUUCAGCACUUAUAUCAGUGAUGUGAAUACCAGAUAAAGACACAGUGGUGUGCUGAGGCUGUUGUUGUUGCUGCUUCAGGGAAAAUACACUACUCUGUAUGAAGAAAGUUCUGCUCCUGUUUCCAGGACCGUGUGAGGUCAAAGCCAAAGCAUUGAACUUUCUCUCCAGCCAGAACACGCUUUGUAUUCCUACUCUUUACUUGUUAUCUAUCUUUUGGCUGCGGUGAUUGACACAUUUACUUCCAAUAAGGGGAUGGGAAGAUAUAUUUUAACACAGCAAUAAAAGAUGUUUUUAUGCAGCUUUGAUUAACCAGGUGAUGCAGGUUUUUUUCUUCUCUUUUUAGCCGUCUUUACACACACAGAAAUGACUUCAGUGUCUCAGUUGAGUUUGAAGAUAAAUAAUAAAUGCUCUUUUGUUUUAAUGAAUUUCAUGAUACAGUGCACUUAAUAAAUUGAUUGUAAAAAAUAUGCUUAGUGUGGAAUGAAUCAAUAAGUAUGCAUUUAUUUACAUUAAAAAACAUUUUUGAA